AUGGCGACGCUCCAGUUUCGAAAUUUGUACCCAAGUCAAACGAGACACUACGGCGCCAUCUAUGGGACGGGGGACGAGCAGUUCGAGGGUCUAGUUCCAACAGGUCGGGGAGCUCAGAUUCCCAACAGUAAUUGCUAUGAGAUUUCCAACAGUAAUUCCAAUGAGAUUCCCAACAGUAAUUCCAAUGAGAUUCCCAACAGUAAUUCCUUUGAGAUUCCCAACAGUAAUUGCUAUGAGAUUCCCAACAGUAAUUGCUAUGAGAUUCCCAUCAGUAAUUGCUAUGAGAUUCCCAACAGUAAUUCCUAUGAGAUGCCCAACAGUAAUUUUAAUGAGAUUCCCAACAGUAAUUCCUAUGAGAUUCCCAACAGUAAUUCCUAUGAGAUUCCCAACAGUAAUUGCUAUGAGAUUCCCAACAGUAAUUGCUAUGAGAUUCCCAACAGUAAUUUCAAUGAGAUUCCCAACAGUAAUUCCUAUGAGAUUCCCAACAGUAAUUGCUAUGAGAUUCCCAACAGUAAUUCCAAUGAGAUUCCCAACAGUAAUUCCAAUGAGAUUCACAACAGUAAUUCCUAUGAGAUUCCCAACAGUAAUUCCAAUGAGAUUCCCAACAGUAAUUCCAAUGAGAUUCCCAACAGUAAUUCCAAUGAAAUUCCCAACAGUAAUUCCAAUGGGAUUCACAACAGUAAUUCCAAUGAGAUUCACAACAGUAAUUCCUAUGAGAUUCCCAACAGUAAUUGCUAUGAGAUUCCCAACAGUAAUUCCAAUGAGAUUCCCAACAGUAAUUCCUAUGAGACUCCCAACAGUAAUUCCAAUGAGAUUCACAACAGUAAUUCCAAUAAGAUUCACAACAGUAAUUCCUAUGAGAUUCCCAACAGUAAUUCCAAUGAGAUUCCCAACAGAAAUUCCAAUGAGAUUCCCAACAGUAAUUGCUAUGAGAUUCCCAACAGUAAUUCCAAUGAGAUUCCCAACAGUAAUUCCAAUGAGAUUCCCAACAGUAAUUCCAAUGAGAUUCACAACAGUAAUUCCAAUGAGAUUCCCAACAGUAAUUCCAAUGAGAUUCCCAACAGUAAUUCCAAUGAGAUUCCCAACAGUAAUUGCUAUGAGAUUCCCAACAGUAAUUCUAAUGAGAUUCCCAACAGUAAUUCCAAUGAGAUUCCCAACAGUAAUUCCAAUAAGAUUCACAACAGUAAUUCCUAUGAGAUUCCCAACAGUAAUUGCUAUGAGAUUCCCAACAGUAAUUCCAAUGAGAUUCCCAACAGUAAUUCCAAUGAGAUUCCCAACAGUAAUUCCAAUGAGAUUCACAACAGUAAUUCCUAUGAGAUUCCCAACAGUAAUUCCAAUGAGAUUCCCAACAGUAAUUCCAAUGAGAUUCCCAACAGUAAUUGCUAUGAGAUUCCCAACAGUAAUUCCAAUGAGAUUCCCAACAGUAAUUCCAAUGAGAUUCCCAACAGUAAUUCCAAUGAGAUUCACAACAGUAAUUCCUAUGAGAUUCCCAACAGUAAUUGCUAUGAGAUUCCCAACAGUAAUUCCAAUGAGAUUCCCAACAGUAAUUCCAAUGAGAUUCCCAACAGUAAUUGCUAUGAGAUUCCCAACAGUAAUUCCAAUGAGAUUCCCAACAGUAAUUCCAAUGAGAUUCCCAACAGUAAUUCCAAUGAGAUUCCCAACAGUAAUUGCUAUGAGAUUCCCAACAGUAAUUCCAAUGAGAUUCCCAACAGUAAUUCCAAUGAGAUUCCCAACAGUAAUUCCAAUGAGAUUCACAACAGUAAUUCCUAUGAGAUUCCCAACAGUAAUUCCUAUGAGAUUCCCAACAGUAAUUUCAAUGAGAUUCCCAACAGUAAUUCCUAUGAGAUUCCCAACAGUAAUUCCAAUGAGAUUCCCAACAGUAAUUGCUAUGAGAUUCCCAACAGUAAUUCCAAUGAGAUUCCCAACAGUAAUUCCUAUGAGAUUCCCAACAGUAAUUCCAAUGAGAUUCCCAACAGUAAUUCCUAUGAGAUUCCCAACAGUAAUUCCCAUGUGAUUCCCAGUAGUAAUUAUCCGUAA